AUGAGAAAUGCUGGGCUGGAAGAAGCACAAGCUGGAAUCAAGAUUGCCGGGAGAAAUAUCAAUAACCUCAGAUAUGCAGAUGACACUACCCUUAUGGCAGAAAGUGAAGAGGAGCUAAGAAGCCUCUUGAUGAAAGUGAAAGAGGAGACUGAAAAUGUUGGCUUAAAGCUCAACAUUCAGAAAACGAAGAUCAUGGCAUCUGGUCCCAUCACUUCAUGCUAAAUAGAUGGGGAAAGAGUGGAAACAGUGUCAGACUUUAUUUUGGGGGGCUCCAAAAUCACUGUAGAUGGUGACUGCAGCCAUGAAAUUGAAAGACGCUUACUCCUUGGAAGGAAAGUUAUGACCAACCUAGACAGCAUAUUAAAAGGCAGAGACAUUACUUUGCCAAAUAAGCUCCGUCUAGUCAAGGCUAUGGUUUUUCCAGUGGUCAUGUAUGGAUAUGAGAGUUGGACUGUGAAGAAAUGCAACUGGGUGACACAGCGACCUGGGAAGGCUGCCACCUCUGCCGGCACGGAGGCGUGGAGCCCCGCCACUGCAGUGUCUCUGAUCCGCGGAACCCGCCAGCUUCCUCCUCUCCACUGUGCCCACUCGAUCCGCCUAACCCCCGACCCGGAAGCUCCGCCUCGUGAUCCGCGCGUGCGCAGUUUCCUGCGGAAGCGGAAGCCGUCCAACCGGCCCUCGCCACUCCCAUCUUCAGGGUUCCGCUGGUUCUGCCUCACCCUGUCGGCCCCUGGAGGUCGCGUCGACAGCCCGGCUUCCGGAGAAACCGCGUUCUCUCCCCGAUCCUGCGAUUCUGGAGAGCCCGGCCGGCCCCCGAGACCCCGUCGCUCCCACCCUCUCUGCCCUCGCGUCUCCUCAGGCCGAUCGUUCUGCCCCGCAGGCCUCCCUUCCCGAUCAACUUCUAAAAACUUACAUUGUCUGAGGAAGAAGCUGGGAAGAGGAGGAAAAAAGGCAAGAAAAGAGGAAUGGCUCUUUCUCAGAUCUAUCUAUCUGAUACAUGUGGUCGACCAAUUACAACCCAAAACAGACAGUGAUACAGGAGAAGUAUUCCAAACAGCAAUCUUGGGAAGACCUAAAAGUCAUGAAAUCAAACAUUUUUACCUCAGAGAACUUCAGGAAGACAUGUAUGACUUUGAAUGUCAUUGGAGAAGUGGUGGAAGAAAUAACAAAGGAACGUGUAUAACUCAUGAUGAAAAUCUCACUGAUGGCAGAGGUCAACAGUGUAGAAAGGAUGUGGAAAUCAAGCCUUUUGUAAAUGGGCUUGGAUUAAACGUGCAGGAUAAACUGCAGAUAUUUCAAACUGACGGGAUAGUUUCUGAAUGUAAUAAAGUUACGAGGUAGUCAACAGUAGUUUUUCACCUUCACCAUCUCAAGGAAUAUCUCCUGGUGUCCAAACUAACGUUUCUAAUAUAUUUGGGAAUGAUUAUUUGCAUCCUUUGUUACUGACACAAGAUCCAACAGCAUACCAGGAAAGAGCUUCCGAGUGUAUUGAGUGUAGGAAAACCUUUAGUCGUGUCUCAGCUCUCAGGAAUCAUCAGAUAAUUUAUUCAGAUGAGAUAUUACAUAAGUGUGACAUAUGUGUCAAGGUCUUCAGUACAAAUUCACACCUUGCAGUUCAUCAAAGAAUUCAUAAGGGAGAGAAACUUUACAAAUGUGAUGAGUGUGGCAAGGUCUUCAGUCAUAAAACAACCCUUGCAAAUAAUCACAGAAUUCAUACUGGAC